AGCAGGAGGCCGCCCGGGCCGCAACCGCGGUGGCGGUGCCGGUGGUGGAGGGCAGCGCGGCCGAAGCCGCCGCCGCAGCGGAGGCUGCGGGGUCCCCCUUGGGGGAGGGGGAUGCGGAUGCGGAUGCGGAUGCGAAUGAGAGGGUGGCGGUCGCGGUGGCGUCUGCGGCGGCCACCGCGGAUGCAGAUGCGGAUGCUGAGACCCCCGGGGGCUGUGAGGGGAACCCAGAUUUUCCGAUGGCCUCCCUGUACGUGGGCGACCUGCACCCUGAGGUGACCGAGGCAAUGCUGUACGAGAAAUUCAGUCCAGCUGGGCCCAUCCUCUCCAUCCGCAUCUGCAGGGACAAGAUCACCCGCCGCUCAUUGGGCUACGCAUAUGUCAACUACCAGCAACCGGUGGACGCCAAGCGGGCCCUGGAGACCCUGAACUUUGAUGUCAUAAAGGGCAGGCCAGUGCGCAUCAUGUGGUCCCAGAGGGACCCGUCGCUCCGCAAGAGCGGGGUGGGCAACGUCUUCAUCAAGAACCUGGGCAAGACCAUCGACAACAAGGCGCUGUACAACAUCUUCUCGGCGUUCGGCAACAUCCUUUCCUGCAAAGUGGCCUGUGACGAAAAGGGGCCCAAGGGCUACGGGUUCGUGCACUUCCAAAAGCAGGAAUCCGCGGAGCGGGCCAUCGACGUGAUGAAUGGCAUGUUCCUGAACUACCGCAAAAUUUUCGUCGGGAGAUUCAAGUCGCAUAAAGAACGAGAGGCCGAAAGGGGAGCCUGGGCCAGGCAGUCCACUAGUGCUGACGUCAAGGAUUUCGAGGAAGACACCGAUGAGGAGGCCACCUUGCGAUGAAGACAUCCCAGGAGCUAGCCAGCCAGCAGAGCCAAACCUUGG